AUGGAAACGAAAGAAGAAAUUGUGCACACCCGUCUUGGACAAUACAUUCUGAGCUGUCCAUUCUGUAACCGAGGUUUCUCUAGACGUGCCGAUCUGUACAAUCAUAAACUAUGUAUGAAUUUAACCAACUGCAAGGACACGAAUAACAAUGAUGACAAACCACGUGUUAAUGUGACCACCAGGAAACUUGAAAUGUUUUCAUGUCCGAUCUGCGGAGAAUUAUUUAAUCGUUGGUCAGUUUUUUGUCGCCAUACAUCGUUCCAUACCUAUUUUUCUGCUAUUCAGGAAUCGCAUGGUCAUCGACCAAUCAUCAGACCUGCAUUUGUCAUUGGGAACAGAAAUGAAGAAGUCCAUGGUGAGUCACAAAAGAAAAAUGUAACUGUUACAGAGGACUCCAAAAAUAGUAAAAUCCGAAAUAUAAAAUCCGAAAAUAGACUUAAACAGAAUCAACGAAAAGAUAUGGACGGGCCAAAAAAGUAUAGAUACAAGAAGGAACCGAAUAAGUCAAAAUACUGUGUACCUUCAGCUGGUAAAAACAGAGGAACAACAACCAAAAAUGCACGUGUAAGAUGCAAGAUCUGCCAUCGUACUGUUAGCUGUCGGAAUAACUUGGCCGCGCAUAUGCGCAUUCAUUCCAAUCAAAGACCAUACAAAUGCAACUAUUGCAACUAUAGAUUUAAGCAACUGAGUCAUGUAAAGAACCACGAAAGACUUCAUAGUGGGGAGACACCGUGGCAAUGUUCUCUAUGUGGAAAGAAAUUUCACCAAAAGUCCAAUUUAGAUUACCACAUCAACAAUAACCACUGA